AGGGGGGGGAGCUCGGCGGCGCUGUUGCCGCGCGGGAAGAGGAAGAGGAGGAGGAAGAGGAAGAAGAGGAAGAGGGAGGAGGAGGAGGAGCAGGCGGUAGCGCCCGGCCCGACCCGGCCCGGCCCUGCCCUGCGCUGAUCGGCCGCCUUUUGUGUGACCCACCCCCUUUCUCUCACGCUCCUGCGCAGGGCGGCGGGAAAGCGUGAGCACAGCCGCGGGCGUGCCGGUCCCGGCUAAACCGGCGGCCUCGGCUCCAUCCCCGGCCGGGGGCCUCCUCCUCCUCCCCCGCCCCCUGCCUUGCCUCCCGCGGGGGUGCUUCCCUCAGCCGCUGCUCCCGCCUCGCCUGCCGCUGGAGGAGCCCCGGCUCUUCCCCGCGACGCGGCUGCGGCGGCUCCCGGGAGCCGAACUUGGCGGCCUCCCCGCCGGCAGCGGGCGGGAACUAACGCGCUUUAUUUAAACGCCCCGUAGAGAGAGCGACUGGAGAGAAGCGGUUCUUCGGGAACUAAGCCGAAAGAUGUCCCGGGACGGUGAGGAGGGUUGUUUAACGGCCUAGACCGGCGGGAGGAGCCGCCGCCGCCGCCGCCGCCUCCUCCGCUUCAGCAGCGCUUCGGCUCUGGGAGAAUCAGAAUGACUAAAAAAAGGAAACAUCAAGAAGAUUUCCAGAAAGUGAAAUUAAAAGUUGGGAAAAAAAAGCCUAAACUAGAGAAUGCAACUGAUACUACCUUCAAAACAAAGGCCAUACAGAUUCCUGAGCAGCUUAAAGAAGAUGGAGUGCUUCCUACGCAAAAUAGAAAACUUAACAUAAAGGAUCUGCUUUCACAGAUGCAUCACUAUAGUCCUGGGGUUAAGCAUAAUGCACUUCUUGGGCUCAAAGAUCUCCUGUCUCAGUAUCCAUUUGUAAUUGAUGCACACCUUUCAAAUAUAAUAAGUGAGGUGGCAGCUGUGUUUACAGACAAAGAUUCUGGUGUCAGAGGAGCAGCUGUUCACCUACUGCAAUUCUUGGCUUCAAAAAUAAGAGCGGAACAGAUUGCUCCAUUUUUUCCUUUGGUAAGUGCCCAUCUCUCCAGUGCCAUGACUCAUAUCAGUGAGGGAAUUCAGGAAGAUUCAUUGAAAGUCUUGGAUGUUUUAUUGGAAGCAUACCCAACUCUUCUCACAGACCGCAGCAGUAUAUUGUUGAAGAAUUUUGUAGAGCUUAUUUCUCACCAGCAACUGUCAAAAAGACUGAAAAGCAGAGAGAAACUUUCCUGGAUGCUCUCUGUUAACCCAAAUCGCAGAGUAACCUCUCAGCAGUGGAGGUUGAACGUACUUACCAGGCUCAAGAAGUUUCUCCAGGCAGUGGUAGAUGGAUCCAGUGAAAUAGAGGAUGAAGGGCUUCAAGAGCAAAAGGAUGGCCCUCAUUCUGUGAGGAACCCAAUAUGUAUAAGUUGGAAGGUCCAUGCAAAUAAUCAGCAACAUAUACAACUGUUUGAAAAUGGUGGCUUACGACCAAAGAUCAACUCAUCAUUUAGACUGAGGUCUCUGGCAAGUGUAAUGGACAGUGCAGAAAAAGGCCUGUCCUCGGCUGAAAACUUAAAAGGUUUUAUUGAGAUAAUAAUUCCAUUACUGAUUGAGUGCUGGAUUGAAGCAUCUCCUGCACAAUCAGCUCCCAUUCUUGGAAACCUUUUGGAAUCAGAAUCUCAGCAGCUUAUGCAGCAAGUGCUUAGUAUAAUACAUUUAUUAUGGAAACUCACAAAGCGACAUGAUGAAACAUACAAAAUGGAGCUAUGGCUUCGAAUGAAUUACCUUGUUGAUUUCAAGCACCACUUCAUGCGUCAUUUUCCUUAUUCUUUACAAGAAACAGUAAAGCACAAAAAGAAAGAUUCGUGCAAAGGCAACAAGUAUUGUAUGACAUCCUCAAACAGCGUAGACCAUCUUUUACUGAACUUAACCUUGUGUGACAUAAUGGUUUCACUAGCAAGCACUUCAACACUUCAGAUGGAUUCUGGUUGGCUGGACAUGAUAAGGAAAUUUGUAACAGAUACUCUUCAGGAUGGCAGCAAGCUGAAUAGCAAGCAGGUGAAUAGGUUGCUUGGUGUGACUUGGAGACUAAUGCAAAUACAGCAAAACAAAGUGGCAACAGAACCCUUGAUAAAAGCAGUAUAUACACUAUAUCAGCAAAGGAAUCUCCUCUUUCCAGUUCGUACGUUGCUUUUGAAAUUUUUUAGCAGAGUUUACCAAAAAGAAGAUUUGAGGACUCAAAGAAUCAGAAGUCGAAGUAAAGUUCUAUCUCGUUGGUUGGCUGGUUUACCUCAGCAGCUUGCUUUGCUUGGCUUGAGAAACCCUGAGCUUUCAAAUCAGCUGAUUGACAUCAUUCACUCUGCUGCUUCUCGUUCGAACAAGGAAUUAUUACAAAGUUUACAAGCCACUGCUGCUCGAAUAUAUGAUCCGCUAGAUGGAACCCUGGUCCUGCUGCCGGCGGAGGCCCAGCGGCGGCUGGUGCAGCUGGUGUACUUUCUGCCCUGCCUGCCCGCCAGCCUGCUCGCCUGCCUCAGCCGCUGCUGCAUCAUGGGCAGGAUGUCCUCCGAGCUGGCCGCCACGCUCAUCGGGAUACUGCACAUGAGAUCAUCCUUUGCAGGCUGGAAGUGCCAAGUGCAGGAUAAUUCUGUGAAUGAUGUGGACUAUUUCAGCUUCUUGUUUUCAACCCUUAUAGGGUUUUCAAGAGAGGAGCUGACUAGUCUCCAGGGCAUUAGAGGAAAACCACACAUUAGCCAGACACAGCUUUCACCUGUCCGUCUUUACCUAACUGAUCUGGACCAGUUUUUACACCACUGGGCUGUGACAGAGAUGAUCUGUCACAGCUUGUCCACUAUACCUUCACAAAGUCAGUGUUUUGACAUUCUCCAGACAGGCAUCUGUAAAUACCUGGUUGGAUUGGUUGUAAUACCCGACAGUACAGCUGGAUCUGUUCUAUGUGCCAUAAAUAAGCUCUUGGAUCAAGCUUGCAUCCUAAGUGAAAACCUGCACAAGUUCUUAGCUUCUUGUUGUUACAGUCUUCUGUACUUUCUGCUAACUUUAGACAAAGAGGACGCAGAACAUGUACAGAAAAGGGAUAUGCUGUGGGGAUCGUGUAUUUCUGCAUUAGCACUCCUGCCACGAUUACUGAGACUGAUGCUGCAAAGUCUGCAAGUGAGCAGGAUCUGUCGGGAAGAACUGCCCGUUGUUGCUCAGUUGCUUCGCUUACUAAUGCAACAUGGUCAGCUCAGGAGCCAUAUGAUCACAAAUGAAUUUCUGGUGCAACAGAUUAUCAAGGACAUCAUGACACUGAAGAGUGGUGAAGUUCAAGAGCAGUGGCUAACAGACCUCCAUUACUGUUUCAACAUCUACCUUGCCUCUCAUCCCCAGGGACCUGGCCCUAUAAACACGGUAUAUUAAAGAGGUCGAACUGCAUUUAUUGUAAAGCAUUUACUUCUAUUUAGUUUUGAAUGGAAGAUGUUGGAACAAAGCUUGUCAAUUUUUUUGUAAGUGAAACAGAAUAAAAAUUUUACAAAGAA